UAAAUAAUCAUCAUAUUCUGUAUUAGUAGUGUACUAAUAAUGUAAAUUAAGAAUGCUGAGUUUAGUCUAAACUUGUAUUGUGUACCAUAAAGGUGCAGGUGCAGUUUGUAAUACCACCAAAUAAUCAGAUCCGAUUAGUUACCAGUUUGUUAUUUACAAUACAAAGUUUUAAUAAUUAAUUUAGUGUGGCAUCUACAGUAAAUAAAAUGGGUGCAAUGUGUUUUAAACCGCUUCGGCAGCAACAAGAAGUGACAAGUACCAAAUCAAGUACUGAAUCACUCAGUAAAAAACUUCGGAAAAGUUUAUCAAAAAGAAAAAUUUCGGAUGACGAUAGCGAACAUGAAUAUUAUGAACCUCCGAGAAAAAAGAACAACAAUUUUAUAGAGGAGUGUAAGAAUUAUCCAUCCAGAGAAGGUGUAAAUUUAAUACAAGAUAAAGUCAAAGCCAGAAAUAAGAGAAUGUUCCGAUCUGUAAUGGAAACGCUGAAUAAAUUCCAAAAAGAGGAAGAACGAUUCAAUGAAAAAAAGGCGGAAAUUCAAAAAAGCAAUCAUGAAUGUGAAUUUAAAAAGAAACUAGAUAUUUUAAAGAAAGCAAACGAAUUAUUAAUGGAACAAAAAAAGGAAGGACAAUUCAAUGAUAAAAUGGCAGAAAAUCAUGAAUGCGAAUUUAAAAAGAAACUGGAUAUUUUAAAAAAAGAGAACGAAUUAUUAAUGGAAUUUAAAAGGAAAGUUGAAUUUGAGUAUCAAAAUCCACAAAUUUCCAAGAAAUCAAAAUUUAAUUAUGAUGAAAGCCAAAAACUAAGCAAUUUUUUUGUAACAAAAAGUAAACCACACAUAAAAUAUAUGCCAAAACACUUCAGUGAUGUAGAAAGUAAGCAAGGAGAUUUCAAAAGAGUUGAACUGCCUCAUUCCCAAUUGGACUAAGGCAUAUUUAAAGACACAGUCGUGGCUGGAAAAAUAACCCUUCUGAGAG